GGUUUGCUUUUUGGUUCUUUUUCAGUCUUGUUUUAAAAAGAAAAGGUAUUAACAUUGUAAAGAUUAAAACAAAGAUGAGUAAGAGUAAGGAAAGGCACCUUGUCAGCAUUAGGGGAGAACAUGUCAGCUCAAGUAUUUCAGGGAUUUAGCUCACUGCAAACUGGACAAGCUUGGAGAUACAAUUUAUCGUCCCAAACCAGACCAAGGGUCUGGUAACCCUCUUUCCAAUGGGGCCUGGCACAGGACACAUCUGCAAGGAGUCUGCAGACCUUGUCACAACAGAUGAUGCUUUGACUAUGGGGCAGGAUAUCCACUCACAGGGUUAGUCAGUGAUGGGGACCAUCUCUCUCUGUUGUUCUCUGAUGGAGUUGUGCACUCUGCACCCAGAAGGCUGGCUGAAGGCUGGGCUGCCCCAGCUCACAGCUGCUCAACAUCUUCAUGGGUUGAAGCUCAUAGUGGAAAAAACUGUGCAAACUGGCUUCUGUCCUUUGGAGGUAUAAGCCAAAUUGCUGCUGGUCUCUUGUUCAGGGCUAUGUUGAUGGUGUCUGUCCAGCUUUUCCAGACUCCCAGGGGACUGUGGUAAUGCUUCCUAUCCAGCUACAUGGAGCAGUGAUAAAUUUAGACCAAGUGAGCCAUAAUGACAGCACACAAACCAGAGGAGUGCUGACCACCCUCCAGGAGGAGGGUCUGGCUCUCUGUACAGAUGUAUUCAUCCCUCGAGCUGCCAACCCUGUCCUGACCCCUCUGCCCACUCUGGGCAGCCUGUGCCUCUGCACUCAUGCAGUCCCUGUUUCAUAUGAUCAUUUCAAUCAGUUAUUUCCUUCUAAUGUUUUUUUCCUCUGAAACAAGAAAUCAGGGUACUGUGAAACAUUUAUAGAUCUGACAGGUACGCACAGUGCAGCUGGCCAGAUUUCAUACCUGCAACUUGGAGCAGGUUACCCCAAGCUGCCAGCUGAUGUGUGGGCAAAGCUGGCUCCAGCUCAUUGCUGUAUUUUAUUUCCCGAGAGCACUGACAUCACACUGCUUUGCUGGUGUCUGGCACAGAUCUCUGCGAUUCCAGCUGGAGUGGGGGCAAGCGCAGGGAGAUGGCUGAAGACGGCUUUUCACAUUAGGGCUCUGUUAUUGCUCCAUUUCCAGCUUGUGAUUGACAAAUACUUAUUGCUCCCACAUCCCAAGAGACUGACUUCUGAGCAGGGAAUGGUUGUAGAAGAUAUUGUACUCUGAAUGAAAUUUUAGGAGCUGUAAUUACCCAUUGCUGUCACUAUGAUUACUGCUGUCAGUGCUGAGCUAUUGACAGCCCAGCUGCACUGGGGCUGCCCGGUGCCUGUGCCAGCAGUGUCAACACCAGUCCCCGAUGUGGGGCAGAGCUGGACGUCUGUCCCUGCCCUUAUUUUGACUGAGGGCAGCAAGCUGCAGCGGUGCCUGUGUGCAGGAAGAUGUGCUAGAUCUGACAGCAGCCAGAGAGAAACCAGGCACCUGGUCCACAGCUGAUGAAGUCAUGGCCUCCAAUUAGUGAAUUCAGACAAGUUGGCUGAUGAAUAUUGAUUUAUAGGACCUGAGGAUCUGUUAUCACGCAUCUGGCAGAGAUGGCACAAGGUACCUGCCCAGCCACAACUUGUAGCUGCAAUGGGCACAAUGUGAAUACCAAUUAUUGCUCCAUGCAUUUUGCUCCAGCAACAAGUAGAAGCACAAACUGCAAAGUAGCACAGAACACGUACAACACCUGUGAACCUUCAUCCAAACAGACUGUCAAGGUGAUGUGCUGGUUUUGCGGCUCCCCUGCCCAGAAGAGGCUGGAGCUGUGUGUGUGGAGAUGGUAGUGAGGAGGGAUGGGGGCUGCAGAGGGACCAACCUUGUCCUGCCCCCAAAAAUGUAGGUGCAAGGUGCUGAGCAGGCUCCAUUUGUACUUCCUGGCUGCUGCAGGCAUUUGGGAAGAGGCUUUUGCAUGUGAUGGUUGAGUGUGCCCAAAACCCAGCAGCUGGCAAUAGGAGCAUACCCAAUUAUUCACAAGUAACACUUUUGGCUCCUGUAAAAGAAAGGGAGCUGGCACCUAUUAGCCAAGCAUAUUUUGCAUCUGGAAAAAGUAAUCACAUUGUUACUCCCAUAGUUGUUUUUAAUUUCAAGAGUUAAUCACUUCUCUCUGCGUGGAGCCCAGCCUGCAGGCUGGGUCCUUGCUGUCCAGCCCAUGUGCCUGCAGCCUCCAGGAGAGAUGGGCAUGGCCGUACAGGUUUAGUUUUGACAAGUGCCUCUGUGUGGCAUUUUCUUCUGAGGGAAAAACAUUUGUGAAGAGCCUGGAGCCUGUUGCUCAGAGGAGGGUGGUAUAAAAAUGCUAGAAAUGGAAGUGAAGGGAGCGUGGGGCUGGCAUGGGAGGUGGGGAGAGAGGGGUUUUGGGAACUUGCCUUGCAUGUGUGUUGGGAAAGAGCAUGGUGCAUCUCGUUGGUAGGACAAGAUCAGCACGCUGGUCACCUUCCUUUGACAGCGUCAUGGAGACUUCAAAAAGUCUGCGAUGCGUUUCAGCCUGAAAUAGGGCAAAUGAUUGGUGCCUUAAAAGUGCUUUUUUCACUGGCUGUAAAGGAAACUCCAUGUUAGACACUUAAGGGUGGGUUAAUGAUCUUACCCCUGUGCCGUCAGGGGACUAGAGGAGAGAGCCGUUGGUCAAGUGCAGGGGCCUAGCAUUAGGGGGGGCCCUGUGUGUGUGAUUCAAGGCUCCAGGACUCAGGCUCCUAUGAUGUGUUUUUUUCCAGUGAGGAGAAAUUGCAUAUUUUAAGGGCUUAGCAUAAACCAAACUUGUGGACACCUCCACACUGUGAAAAACACAAUGGUAACUUCCAUCUGCCAUAUAUCGCAGUGUUUGUAACUUUGAGGCUUGCUGCCAGGAAGAGUUGAAAUAUCAAUGCUGUUCUUCAAACACCUAAAAUGUUAUCAUUAGCUACUGCAUUAUGUGUCACAUUAAUGCUAUGAAGCGCAGGUAAUAUUUACUCAGACUUCAGGGAACGGGCACAAUGCCUUUGCUCAGAUCCCUCGCAUGUGCGGAGGAGCCAAAGCCAGGCUGCUUCUCCUCUCUGUGGCCACAGCUGCCAGCUGUAGCCUGUCCACUUGCAAAGCAGGUAGCAGUGUGGGAACCUGGCUGGUUUGCAAGGCUGAACACCCUUUUUUAGAGGAGCAGUGUGGGAAUGAAUCCUUUGCGAUUGGGUGCUGGGUAAUUCCUGGUGCUAACGUGGCACAUAGUGGGGAAACGAAUAUUUAGGAGGCAAGGUUUUUCCUGCCUGCUCCCAAACUGAAAAUGCAGCACUGCAUUGUAGCAGCUGUCGCCAGUAGGCGCUCAGCAAAGGGAUUGGGAUUUGGAUUUGGAUCUGAGCAUAAGGCAGGAGCUGGUGUUGAGUGUCUGGGAAAGGGAUGAGGAUGUAUGCCUUGAAUCCUGCUCUCGUCCUGGUCUCCCCUGCUCCAGUUCAUUCAUUGAUCUUUUUCCGUUUGAUGCUGCUGUCAAACCCAUAGGUAUAAUCGGGAGAGAAGUGCACCAGAAACAUAAAUACUACAAAAAUACCUUGGACUGAAAAAGAAGAGGGAACAGUGUUUUUUUGGAACAAUAUUAAUUUCCUGAGUUUUCAAUGCUGAGGUGUCUCAGUUGACGCAGGAGAGCAGCUGUUAUGUGCCUCCACCAUCAGAUUGCUCUCUGCAGUGCCAACUUCUGUCUUGGUUUUGGUGUCUCUAAUCCCUCCUGCUGUCUGUGCUCAUAUCUUUUCUCUGUCCUCAUGAGCACUGCACAGUCCAACUUGUCAAACAGAAAAGUGAUAUUCCUGCAUCUUUUUACCAGCCCUGCCAGUCUUCUCAUCUCUGACUCAGCCACCUCCUCCCUGGUAGCCUGAGGGUGCCAGCUUUAGCCUGGCCAGGUUCCCCCCAUAUUCCUUGCCUCACUGCUUCCUGUCCCAGCUAUCUGCAGGGACUGAGCAUCUCGGGAGAGGAGGACUUGGGGAAAUGCACAGUGGCAUUUAAAACACCAGUCAGACAGCUGCUUCCCCCACCCUCAGUCCAUUUCUGACCUCUGCUGUAACAACAAUAAUCCUAAAUAUUACUGUUGUUUUUUGUUUUGGGUUUUUUUUUUAAAAGGUGUAUUGUAAGGUUACAAUGUGUGAGCUGGGGUCUCCUUUCCUUGCAAAACAAAGGCAAAGCUGCUUGGGUGGUCUGGCUGAUGCUGUGGGGUGCUCUCGGGAAGGGAUUUGGGGGACAGACCCAGGGCUAUUGGAAGUCGCAGGGACUUGGGGUCAGGUUGGGGUGCUGGCAGCGAGUGCUGUUGGGUGCGCUGGUGCCAUGGGCAUUUUGGGGCCACCAGAGGGGAGGGAGGUGACCUCAGAGCGGGUGGCUGGUGGGGCGGUGAGUGACCUGUGUUAUAAAGAAGCUGGGUACGCACACCUUGGUGUUUAUCCCCUUCUCGCACAGCGGCGCUUGUAUGUAUGUAAGGCAGCACUAGGUCUUUGGGGGCUGAGUUAAAUGCAGGUUUGACAUAAAAAAAACCCCAAACAACAAAACAUGGUAAUUGUUGGAGGUGCCUAAAAAAGGUUGGCAAUGUGAACUCAUAUCUGGGCAGGGACAGGGGUAUAAUUUUGUCACAGGUUGAGAGGAAAAUACAUCCCACGGUAUCUGCAGCAGGGGUCGGGUAGGGAAGAAGAGGGAAAACAUCUGCUGAAGGUGUGCGCAUGCAUGAGAGCAAGCAGUUUAAUGGUGCCUGUCUCGAGGCCGAGGGGCUGUGGGGAGGGCAGCGGGGCCAGGGCAGCACUGGGGCCUCCCUGCAUGGGGGGGCAGGAGGAAGAAGAAAAAAAAUGCUUGUCGCACUCGGCACCUGCGUGGUCCUUGCACAGUCCUCACAGGGCAGACACGUGUGGUCCCCUGGCUGGUAAUGAUGGGGGCAAAAGCCAGGAGAUUUUGGAGUAUAGAAUGAAGCGGGCAUCCGCAACAGUAGACUGACAUGUCUGGUUUCACAAGAUGCUCUGUUGAGCCGUGGUGGUGUCACAGCACGGGAGAUGCUUUCUGGAUUCUGUUGUCUGUGGAUGAUAUAUCCCAGGCAAAUUCAGAUAAUCUGCAGUUUACAGAACCCUGGCUCAAUCUUCACCCUGCUCAAGUUUCCUAUAGUCACUGAUUUUGCAGCACCAGCAUCUCCUGUGAAUCCCUGUAAACCUGCAGCCCUCGCCAUGUCUCCUGGUCUGUACCCCCACCUCUGGGAAUUUGGGUCCCUGCACCAAGGAGCCAUUGCAGGUGACUGUGGUUGCAAGGGCUUUACAGCAGGGCAGGCCAGGAGCUGUUUGCUGCUGAAAGUGAACUGUGUUUCGCAGGCUUCCCCUGCCAUGGUGGCUACCCGGAGUGGGGCUCUGCUGUGUGAAGGCCUCUUUCUUCUACCCAGGGCAGCAGAAACACCUCCUCCCACCCAGGGAGGACGUGCAAAUGCUCCUCACAGCGCAUCAAUACCGUCAUUUACACUUCUCCCCCAAUAAAACACUCAUAGGCACCCUCCUCCUGGCCCCCUCACCUGUGGCUGUGCCCAUCAUCUGUGGCUUGGCUGUGGAGAGUACCCAGCUUGCAAAGCAGAGAUUCAUUGCCUGCUUCAAAGCAACCUAUUUGCACAUGUGGCAUGUUUUUAUUAGCAGAGAGGGGGUGUUGCAGGCAUGGAGUAUUUAGCAAUGCCCAAAUACAGACAAGGAAGUUGCCUUCCUUCCACCCAGGUUAGGGCAGAGGGAAAAGCUGGGUGUACAGCUGGGACGUGCUGGUCCUGUCCUAAACUGCAUGGGCAAAGAGGUGCAGUUGCACUGUGUCAGGGUGCGUGCGUGUGUGCACAUGUGGAGGUUUGCAAACUCCCUCUCCCAUUAUCUGUGAGUGAGUAGGGGCUGUCUGCACUGCUUCCUUACUGCCUUGUUUGGAGUAGAUAAUUCAUGCUACACCAAGAAACCCUAGGGUAUAUGUGGAGUGUGUAUAUGUAUUCAUAUAUAUAAUUGAAUGUACAUGCCCGUGUGUAUACAUGCCCAUACACCUGUGCACGCGUUGCCCAUGUUUUCCAGAGCAGCGGUUUCAUCCCCUGGCCAGCAGCUGGAAGAAGUGCUGGGGGUGCUACACUCCCUCUGUACAGGGGGUGGGAUCCUCCCUGCACACCUCCAUUUAGUAUUUCCUUUCUCCCUUGUAAGAGUGUCUGUGUGAGCAUGAAAAUAGAUAUGUCCUUUCCUCCUAGCACAGCGUUUUGUGCUCCUGCCCCAAGGUGCUGGGGGAGGCUGAGUCCCAGCAGGUGAAUGGUCCCACGUGGGUUUCAGAACCCUGGUGCACGGCACAGGGCAAAUGCCGCUCCGAAGUGCACGUGUUAGGAGGAUGCCAUCCCCGGGACGGGGUCUGGUGCUCGGCGUGGGUGACGCUGUAGUUGUUUGUGUGUGUCAUGGCGGGAAGUGUGUGAAUGGAAUAAAUUUAGCAGUCAAAACACAGGGCCGGCACAGUUGGUCAUUAACUGCCAGCCCAUCUCGUCAUCCUGCAACCACAAGGAGCUUUUUUAGGGCUGGCGUCCCGGCGGAGGCCGGAGGAAGCGUGGGAGGCCAGUUCCCGGUGACACCUCCACGCGUGGCAGCGCUGGCUGCCGGUGCCAUUGGCUGCCCCCUGCCUGGGGCUGGCGCCAGCCAGUGGUUAAAUGCCCGUGUGGCCACGCUGGGGCACACAGCCGGGGGCAUCCCAACACAGGCAGCCAGCUCGUCCCAUCCCGAGCACCAGAAGAGAUGUCAGCUUGUACCACACCUCAAGCCACAGGGACCAAAACUGCCAUGAGGGCCACGUUCCUGGUGCUGCUCCUCUGGGCCGUAGCCUGCGCUCACCCCGUGCCUGGCCGUGAGCCCGCCCGCCUCCGUCGCAGCACCCAGCAGGAGGACACAGCAAGUGAAGAUUACCUCAACAAGCUGGGCAACCUUCUGGGUGGUGGAGAUGGCAGACAUCCUCCUGUCAGUGCAGAGAGAGGGGACAAUGCCCUUGCCGGGGACCUGGCAGGUGGGAAUGCCGUGGGCGAGGAGCUGGGUGAGCAUGGUGGCCGAGAGAAGGGAGACAGAGUUGGGGACACUCAGCGCCUGAACUGGGUGGACCACAAGGACACGAGUGCCCAGGAUGGGAACAGCCUUGGUUUCCUGGAGGAGGAUGCACGUGAUGCUGAUGAUGGUGACAACAGAGAGCACCAUGGCACUGGAGUCAAUGGGCUUCCCCCCCACGCUGGCAGGCUCCUGGAUGAGGAGGAUGACAGUGGGGAUGACACCUUUGAUGUGAAUGGGGAAGAGGAGGGGAGUGAAGGUCCUACUUACAUGGCUGGUGCUGAUGGGGCAGGUGAACACAACCAUGAUGCUGGCCGUGGGGACGCCGGGGCUGGCAGAGGGCACGGUGACAGCAGCAGCAGUAGCAGCAGCGAAAGCACUGGGGCGGACCACUGGCAGUACAGGAACUACCUCAGCAGCCGGUAUGAGCGGACCUACAGGCAGGGAGGGGGCAGUAGCAGCAGCCAGGAGGAGGAGAGUUACGACUUUGAGGACGAAGCCAUGCAGGGUGAUGACCCCUCCAUCUUUGAUGGCCCAGGCAGCAGCUACAAGGGGCGCCGUGCUGGCCCUCAUGUGCUGGGGAGCAGCCGAGAGAGUGGCUGGGGGGCUGGCUCUCACCGCUGGGAGGAUGGUGACAGCAGGUCCCCAGAGGUGGAGGACACUGACUCAGGAGAAGACAGCCUGUCCACAGAGGACAACAGUCAGUCGGAAGAGCCUGUCACCAGUCAGUCAGAGGAAAAGAGUGCCAGCCGCUCCGAGGAGGACAGCCCCUCCAUGGAGGACGACGGCAGCCAGUCCAGGGAGGGCACUGCCGAACAGUCAGACGAAGAGCCAGGAGAGUCCCCGGAGGACAUCUCCCAGGAAGUGGUGAGCACGUCGAGCGAGCGCAGUGGUAGCUGGUUCCAGGAAGGGCAGGAGGACCGGGAGUCUGCCGAGGACAGGAGUGCACCAUCCGCACCUGACAGUGAGUCUGGGGAAGAUGAGGGUGACCAGAGCCAGUCUGCAGAGGACACUGUGGAGCAGUCAAAGGAGGAUGAGAAUGACUCUGACCCUGAUGGGGACAUGCCAAGCACAUCAGCAGAGAGCCAGAGCGCAUCACCGGAAGAUGACAGCAGUCAAGAGGAUAAUGUAGGCGAGGACAGCAGGUCCACAGAGAGCAACAACAGCGAGUCCCAGGAGGACAAUGAUGAUAAGGACGAGAGCCACUCCCAGGAGGACGCCACCCGUGAGUCCAGCAGCCACGGGGAUGACAGCUCGCUGCAGAGCCUGGAGAGCAGGAGCCGCAAACGGCGGCCGGGUGCCUACCACAACAAGCCUGCUGCUGAGUACGAUGACAACGACUGCCAGGAUGGGUACUGACGUGUGCCUCACAGCCUCGUCGGUGCUGGGGGGUGCGGGGGGAGGAGGGGUUUAAUUUAUUUGCUAUAUAGCCUGGUUGACUUCUUUCUGAGAAGAUGCUGUGGACAAAACGGAGGCAGGUUUGCCAGGGCUCAACCUGGGCACAACUACACAGGGUGCAAAGUGGGAGGUGAUGCCAGACACAGGGGAAAAUGCCAAACCACAGCAAGAAAAACCAUUUCCUAUACCAAACCAGAGAGCAGCUAAGAGCUGUGAGUGCCAGCAGGGUGAUGCUGCCCGCUUGCCACAAGGGCCCAGUGGUGGCUCAGCUCUCCGGGAGCCAUGCCUGAGCAUGCUGGGCAGAAAGAUCCCUGUGUUCACCUCUUGUAUUUACCUACCACUGCCCUAAAAGCAUCUGCCCAGACUCCAAUGGGAGCUUUCUGUUAGCUCUGUGUCCUGCACAUAAGCAGCAAAAGCUACAGCUGGUAUGCACACGCGGUGCGUGGGCUCAGCGGUGUGUGAAGUACCACUUCAGAAUGGGAUGUAUGUAAUAUUUUGUAAGAAAUGUACAGAAAACAUUAUAUUGUACCCUUUUUGCACUUGUAUUUCAAAGCUGAAAUGUACCCUGUUGGUUUCUUUAAUUACCAUUAAAACCAACAAACUCCACAA